AUGACUUCCAGUGAGGACACCUGGCCUGGUCAAUUUGUUCACCAGGCAGCCAUUUACAACAAUGUGGAACUAUUACAGUGUUUGCUACAGGGUGAAGAGAAAGCACAUAUAAAUGCUCAGGAUGUGUGUGGUCGAACUGCUGUCUACACAGCUGUCUCUAAUGGAUCUUUGCAGUGUUUGCAGAUACUUCUGGAGAAUGGAGCUGACAUGAACAUACCUGCAGGAUCCAGGUGUCAUAACAUGACGCCACUGCAUGCUUCAAUACUGGACAGCAAGCAUGAUGCCCUGGCACUUCUCCUCGCUCAUGGAGCUGACUUGACACAAAGAGAUGAAUCUGGCAAGACACCUUUAGCAUUGGCCAAUGACAUGAAGAACAGAGGUGCUGUGACUGUUAUUGAAAAAGAACAAGAGAAGACAAAGAUUCUACUAGACAGCUUAUCCACAGAACUUUGUGAGGCCUGUGCUGAAGGGAAUCUUGACGAUGUGAAGCAAGUUCUGAAGAAAAGUGGAGCUUACAGGAAACAUGUCAUCAAUAUGGCCACCAAGGGACUUUCACCUCUUGCUAUAGCAGCAAAAUGUGACCAUGCUGACAUCCUGAGUUUGCUACUGGCAGAAGGGGCCUCCUGUACCAGCCAGCGAGAGACUGGCCUCACUCUCCUUCACCUGGCUUGUGAGUCCGGGAAUCUUAGAGUCAUGGAGCUCCUCUUGAAUACAUUUCCAGAUUUAAACUAUGUGAGAUCAGUUGAGCAUCAGCUGCCUCUCCAUUCAGCAGUUCUCUGUGGCAAAGCUGAGGCUGUGAGACUUCUCUUGGAGUUCCCUUACCCACAGAAUAGUAUGGUGUCAUUUGUCGACCCCGCCACAUCAUUGACCUAUCAGGCAGGUUUGGAAUACAACGCCCAGGAUGCAGCAGGAGAUACAGCACUGCAUAUUGCAUGCAGAAACGGUCAUGUCGACAUUGCCAGGCUUUUAGUCAGCCAUGUUAUUACAGUGGAAAUGGAUGAGAAUUGGAUACCAAGGUCUGCCUCUCAGAAAUCAUUAAAAGCUGAUUUGAAUAAUGACAGUUUGAACAGUGAUGAAGAUAGUGAAAGUGAAAGUAGUAACUCGAGACCUUGUUCUCUUCCUCGAAAACUGAAUAUAAAUAAGAAGUCAAUUCAUCCUGUGGAUGUAAAUAUUAUUAAUAAUAGUGGGCUGUCUGCAUACCACAUGGCCAUUCGGUAUCGACAUUUGGACGUCCUUAAAGUUCUGCUGGAGCUACGUGGGAUCCCGCCAGAUAAGAUGAAAGUCCAAGAUGCAGAGAACUCUGUUCUGAUGUAUGCGUAUGAACAUGGCAAUGGGGCAAUUCUUGAGCUGUUGUUAGCACAUGGUCACAAGGACAUAGAGAAUAAAGUUUUAAUGUCAACAAUUUUUACUCAGGACAAGGAUGUGAAAUGGCUAAUGUUAGCCCACAAAUCCAGCAGGGAUGUUGGCAGAAAUAUCAACAAGACAGAAAUGAGAAGAUUGGCCUUUCAGGCUCUCCAGUUGAAGGAUUCUAAAUUAGAUAGGGCAACUUCACUUGACCCUGAGUAUAAAUCUAGUCUGCCAUCCACUUCUGUUGCUAUUGGAUGGAAUGGGUUAGGUGUGCUAGACAAAAUGGAGACCUCCUGUCUCAUCAGAGCAUGCCUUCUGCAUAACCCAGCUGUCAGCACCACUCUGGAUGCAUCCAUUCUUCUGUGUGCUAUCACCAAAGUAGACAUAUCUCAGAACAGUUUUGAGAAAUUUCCCGCCGUUUUAUUUGAACUCCCAUCCCUAGUUUUGCUCAAGGCCUCACGGAAUCAGAUAGCAGAAAUUCCAGGAGACUGCAGCUUUUCUUGCUUCUCUCUUGAAGAGCUACAUUUGAAUGAAAAUAGGAUUCAUAUGCUACCCAAAUUUAUCUUUCAUCUUCCUGUCUUGAAGUAUCUGGACGUGUCUGUGAACAGACUGACAGAAAUGCCAGCAGACAUGUGGGAAUCUCCUUCAUUAAUCACACUGAAUCUCUCCAGCAAUAGCUUGACCUGGCUGCCACACAUGUCCAGAGAUCAGUUGUCACUGAGGCGGACACCAAACAGACCAUCACAUGUUUCCUUGGGGUCUCUGAAAAAGAGUGGUAGCCCUUCGCUGUCUGGUUCGAUAAGCAGCUUUGAUGAUAUAAUCACUCAGGAGAUUAACGAUGAUGACGCAGCAGAUUUUGCCUUUUUGUCAUCUCAAGUGGUGGACAGUGAUCCCUGGAAGGGUAGCGGUCACCAACCUUCUGGCCUCAAGCAGCUGUGGUUGAACCGGAACAGAUUUACACAGGUCCCUCCUUGUCUGACAUGCUGCGCCCCAAAUCUGGAGGUACUUAUUCUAUCAGACAAUCCACUAAAUUCUAUAGGCAUGAUUCCUGACUUCCCAUCUAACUUGAUUGAGCUGGAUUUGUCCAGAACCGGGCUGACUACCAUGGACCCCUGGAAAGCUCCCAUUGACCCAUUUUAUGAGUUUGUUUGUUUUGGUCCAGUUGGCCACCCCAACUUUCAUCACUGGCGCAGAAGUGGUGGAGGAGGCAGCGCCAACCACAGCUCGCCUUCAUCUACGUCUCGGGAGACCAUGUUUGUGCCCUGCCCACACCGGAAUCACGUCACUUUAGGGAAACUGGAGAAGCUGAGUUUGUCCUGCAAUCAUUUGGGCUCUGUUGUUGUCACAAGGGAUCAUUUAGUCAAGCUUGGACAAGCUGCUGAUACACAGAGUAUCUGUAGCUUGGAAUCAGAAGAGGUACAAAGUCGCUUGCUCUUCCCAAAUAUAUCAGAACUGAACUUAAGUGGGAAUCAGUUGUUGUCUUUACCUCCUGAUAUUGGAGAGCUGAGUAACUUGCGAAUUCUGUCUCUUAAAGGAAACACCAAACUUCGUGAGCUGCCUCCCAAGCUUGGUCUUUUAAAGAGUCUGUGGAAACUAGAUCUGGAAAUGUGUCCUCUAGAUGGAGCUAUACAAGACUAUAUGCUCAAUUCACGGUUCCCGGUGAAGGAUAUCCUGGGGUUCCUCCAGUCUGUGCUUGAAGAGUCCACGGAAUACAACUGUAUGAAUCUCAUGCUUGUUGGUUACCAUAAAAUUGGCAAGACAUCUUUGUUACAAAGACUCUGUGAGAAAGGCAAGCUCCCACAGAAAGCUACUCACUGGAUGGACCGUGUUAAUAAACAGGAGAGCAAAAAACAAGCCACCCUGCUGUCAACUGUGGGUAUAGAUAUCAAUGAACUGGUUUUAGAGAAGCGAAGCAAGGGACCUGUUGUUUUCAGAACCUGGGAUUUUGGUGGGCAGAGAGAGUACUAUGCCACACAUCAGUACUUCCUGUCACCUCGAUCUCUGUAUUUGGUUGUAUGGAGCAUCAUCGACGGAGAGAGAGGAGUGGAAAGCUUAUUGCAGUGGCUUGUUAACAUACAGGCUCGUGCACCUGGAGCACCAGUGGUCAUUGUAGGCACUCACCUCGACAUCCUCCAUGAUAAGACAACCAGGCGGAAUUAUCCAGAAGAUUUUGAAGAGUCCAUGAAGCUGCUUAUACAGAAAAUGUUUUUAUCCAAUCCUGAGCCAGAUAAGAGCGGAUUGCCCAAUAUUCUGACCGCAGUGAAUGUCAGCUGCAAGACGGGCGAGAACAUCAAAAUGCUGGUGGAUGUUAUAUAUGAAAAUGCUUUUGAACUCAAACAUCCAAGAUCCAGGACACAGUUUCUUGUGAAACAGAAAAUUCCACGCAAGUAUUUGCUGCUGCAAGAAAUUGUUAGGGAACUAGCUUUGGAAAGAUUAAAAGAUCUCAAAGAACCUGUGCUAAACAGAUCCAAAUAUACAUUGUGUGUUCUCAACAAAAUGAUGGAAAGAGGAGCUACAUUCAGGGAUGUGGAGGAACUGGAGCAAGCCACCCGGUUUUUGCAUGAGAAUGGUGUGCUGUUCCACUAUGAUGAUCUUCCACUACGGGACCUGUUCUUCCUGGACCCCCAGUGGCUGUGCGACCAGCUGGCAAGGGUCAUCACCGUUAAGGAAAUCAACAACUUUGCUCAAAGAGGUGUGAUGAAACUGAAAAAUCUGGAAGUUCUGUUCAAGUCUAAUAUGAUGGAGAUGGAGCACAGUGAAGUGUAUAUCACCAAUCUCCUCAAUAAAUUUGAAGUUGCCUUGCAGUUUGAUGAAGAACAUCUGCUGUUACCCUCAUUAUUACCAACGGAGACAGAACUUCUGGAAAUGGCCCGCAAGAAGAGUGAUGUGAAGAUCCCUCUGAGGAAACCAAAUGAAGCCAGUGUUGGGAUUCGGCCAGGAUUUGAGACUCGCGCAGAUUCAGUUCGUGUGUUACGUGCUAGUCGCAGUCUAGAAGGACCUCCAAGUGUGCUUCAUGUGGGUGGCUCUGUGUUUUACACAGGCUCACAGGACCUUGUAGAGUCUGCAGGACUGAAUUCUGGCAAAGAGUCUAAUAAACUCCUGCUUCUGGCAAUCAAACCAUCAAGUAAUGCUAUCUUCUCUUGCUGCCGCCUGUACUUCAUGACUUACUUCCCGAGUGGGUUCUGGCCACGUCUGAUAACCCGUGUGUUGGCGGAUGAUUCCUUUUAUCCAAUAGUGAAGGAUUUGUUUCCCAUACCACAUGAUCUGUUGGUUCGAAGUCAUGAGAUGAAGUCACUUUUUGAACGUGAUCCAGAAUGGCGAUGUUGGCAAACCGGCUUUGAGCUUUUUUACCUGGGCUUCGAGUGUCGCAUUAAGUGCAGCAUAGACAACGAGUGGUCAUUUCUUGACGUGGUCAACAGUAAAAUAUUGGAGAUCACUUUCCCUACAGACUCCCUGAAGAUUCAUGUCACAAGCAAGGAUGGGCCUCAGCUGCAG